AUGGAGAUGAAGAUGUCCUGGGAAGACGCUCUGAGCCACUGCAGAGAGAAACAAACUGAUCUCCUCAGUCUGCUCUCUGAGACCGAUCAGCUUCUGGCCAAGACUGAGAUCCAGCACAACAACGCCACGGAGCGGGUGUGGAUCGGCCUGCGUUUCCUGGGUGACCGCUGGCUGUGGGUGAACGGUGACCCUCUGGAAUAUGAGGCUUGGUCCAAAGAAGAAGCUCAGGACCACCAGUGUCCGAUAUGGAAACGCUGUGGAGCUUUUAACAAAGACGGACUGUGGGAGAACUGGGACUGCCAAGAGAAACUCAACUUCUUCUGUAUCUGA